AUGUCUUGUUUUACACUUGAUAACAUCCAUAUUGCUUGCCUCUUCGGUCAUUACUUAUGGGACGCAGCCGAAGCCUCCGAGAGCCGCCAUUAUGCGGCAAGAUACAGGCCCUUCCCCAUCCCACCGCCUCAUGAAGCCCUCUUCGGCUCAUCUAACGUGUCGAUAAUCUGUCCCACAAUCGAUUGGGACGACGACUUGCCUGCGAACCUCAUGACCUGGCUCAAAUGCCGUCCACGCGAAGUGAUUUUCGUCACCCUCGAGAGUGAAGCAGAUAAGCUAUCCAAGGUACUAGAAUCGGCUCCAGGUCUUCGAAAGGCCGUAGAAGCCAGUGGAGCAAUUAUCAAUGUCGCCACGGUACAACAAGCCAAUAAACGAACCCAACUCUGCCAUGGGAUUAAUCAAGCAAGUGGUCAGAUACUUUGCCUAGUUGACGACGAUGCGAAAUGGACUACAGACCAAGUUCUAACGCAGUUGCUAGCUCCCUUCCAAGACCUUGACGUUGGUCUCGUCGGCGGACCUAUCGGAUCGUACGUCCCCGAGGAAAGACAAAACUCCAACAUAAUCACGCCUUGGGAGGUUGCCGCUCUCCGUACACGAUCUCGUCGAGGCCCGGGCAUGGCAGAGUUCUACGCCGCAGACGGAUCCACAAACUUCACAGUCUCAGGCCUGACUAUGCUUUUACGGGGGGAGAUAGUCAGAGAUCCGUAUUUUCAAUACCUGUUCACUCACGACAUGUGGAAUGGAAUAAGGCAGAAUACGGGUGAUGACGCCUUCAUCACACGUUACAUACUUUUCCAACACCAGUUGAGUCACCGCCAUCACUCUAAUGUCCCGCACAAACAGUGGAAAUUGGGAAUGCAGCUAACUCCAGAAGCCGAGGUUCUAACUUCCCUGAUGACAGAUGGAAGAUACGCUUCCCAGAGUAAGCGCUGGUUCAGAACAGGUCUCCGCAUUCGACUCACCUGCCUCCUCUACGAACCGGGUAUCUUAGGUAUGAGAUCGACGGCACCUUAUAUGGCGUAUAAGAUGACAAGAGGAAUGUGUAAGCCAUUCUCCACCGCCUUCCGCUUGUAUCUUUGGAUGUAUUUGUGGUUUACCCACCCUAUAAUUGCCGCGAUCUUCCUCGUGUUCUACGUUCUUAGAAAUUGGUGUACUAGCCUUCGAGCUUUUCAUAGGCAGUAUCCCUACUGUGGUAAGAAGAUAUGGGCGGCCAUGAUUGCCGACAACUUAUAUCUUAUUACCGAUAUAUACUCGUACCUUACUCUUUCUACCGAAAGUUGGUCGAAUCGAUCGAGCGUACCAGGCGUUGUUGAAUAA